CUUUCUUGCCGUGAGAGAGAGAGAGAGAGAGCGCUCUUUAUCAAUCCCAUUACAACACAAGCGAGAGCGGAGCCAAGUUAGAAUUUUGAAAACCAGCAAGCAUGAUCAAGACCCUGAAUCCCUACUCCAACACAGCGAAAACUGCUGAGAUUAUGUCUAGGUACAGGCCCAUAGCUCCAAAGCCUGAGACUCCCACGGAUGCUAGAAGCGAGAGCCCGUCCAUAUCUCAAAAGAUCAGGCAAUCUCCGUACCUGAGGAACCUCUGGCCACAUUUGCAGGCAAGGCCCACCAGAACCAGAAAGCGGGGUAGGGCUGCGAUAUCACCACCCUUCCUCAAAAGACCCAGGACCCAUGUCCUUGGGUUUUCUUCUCCUUGUCAUUUGAUCUCCCCCACCAAGAAUCUAACCUUGCAGGGUUUCGCUCCUGGGCUCCCUCAACUUUCUGUUCCGAACCUAGCGGCGGUUAACAGCGGCCUGGAACAGCCAGCGAAAACUCCCAGUUUAGUGACGCUUCCUCUUCUUGCUUGCCCUACAUCCAUCCCCGACGUUGCCAACCAAUCUGCGCUACCCGAGCUGGACCUGAUGAAGCCUUAUGGAGAAGAAAAGGUUAUAGACUUGAAUGCUGCGGCUGAAAUUCCGGAGGAAAAGGAUCUCUUACAGCAACUGCAAGGACCACGAUCCAGCAGCAGCACUAAUGUCAUUGCACCUCAGGCAGUUCGUCCGGUUGGCUCGAGCAUAUGCGUUGGCUGCAUCAGCGAAGACCCAAGUUUGACCCCAGCGGCUCAAGUUCAUACGAAGAAGCCAGAAGAGGUCGAAGAAGACGUCGAGUCGGAGAUGUUGCCGGCUGUCAUCUCAGACUCGAACAACAAAGUUAGGAUGGCGAAUUCGGCAUAUAAGGAGAUGGUGGGCCAGCCGGAAUGUUCCUGGCUUGAUUCGACGGUGGCCAGCGAUGGGCGAUCGGGAGGCAACUGUAGCAAGAGGAUCGGUGGGGAGGUGAUGCUUCGUCUUUCUGAUUCGGGGGUACCGGUUUCGUCGAAUGGGUUCUCGUGUUGGGUGAGGAUAGAGUGGGGAGCUGAGGGGAAGAAAAGCUCAGUCGAUGCUUUCUGUGAUGUGAUUAGACUGUCCUGCGAGUCUAAGGAUUACCUCUUCACAUGGAGGUUCCACACCCAUUCCAAAGAGGCUUCUCAGAGCAGUUGUAACGUGUGAAUAUUGUACAUAUCAAGUGUAAUUACCACUAAAAGUAUCUUAUGUAGCGUAUAAAUUAAUUAUAUAUCAAAAUCGCGACGUCACGUAUAUUUUUGUCGGCA